GUUAAACCUUAGAAAUAGUUUAUUUAUAGUCCAAACACCCCUUAAUUGAAGUUGGCGCUAGGGUUUUAUUUCGUUAUCCUCUCUUUGCCUCUUUGCGCUCACUCUCUCCCUCCACUCUUCUACUUCACAUUUUUGCAGAGAUGAAUGUCGAAAAACUAAUGAAGAUGGCCGGUUCAGUCCGCACUGGUGGGAAGGGUACAAUGAGAAGAAAGAAGAAGGCCGUGCACAAGACAACCACAACAGACGACAAGAGGCUUCAAAGUACCUUAAAGAGAAUAGGAGUGAAUGCUAUACCUGCAAUUGAGGAAGUUAAUAUCUUCAAGGAAGAUAUAGUUAUACAGUUCGUCAACCCCAAAGUCCAAGCAUCUAUUGCAGCCAACACCUGGGUCGUUAGUGGCACUCCGCAGAACAAGAAAUUGCAGGACAUUCUUCCUCAAAUUAUCCACCAGUUGGGUCCGGAUAACUUGGAGAAUUUGAAAAAGCUAGCAGAACAAUUCCAGAAGCAGGCACCGGCUGCUGGCAGCGGCACGGCUUCUGGUGCAGCGGAAGAUGAUGAUGACGACGUACCAGAACUCGUUGCUGGUGAGACGUUUGAAGCUGCUGCAGAGGAGGGACAUGCCCCGGCCUCUUGAGGAUUCGACUCUCGGUUUUGGAUCCAUUGCUUAUAUCUUCCAUGUCUUUGAGGGAUCUGUUACAUUACUUUUGUCUAUUAUAUUAUGAAACCGUAUUUGAAAGCUAGAUCUAUAUGUCUCGAUUAAUAACUCCAAAUAAUUUCACCGUGCUUUAUCCGAUACA